GUCGAGAGUACGUGCGCAGUGGCGAGAUACAUAUUUGAAUAGGUAGUAAAUUUGCCGGUAAGAUGGAAAUCAAUGAUGGAAACUUAACUACCCUGGCUGGGUAUCUUCAACAGACAUUGUCCUCGGAUGUGGAUGUAAGGAAACCAGCUGAAAAAUUUCUUCAGUCUGUUGAAGUAAACAAAAACUAUCCCAUUCUGUUGCUUCACCUGGUGGACAAGGCUGAAGCUGAAAUCACAAUUAGAGUAGCUGCAGCCAUUGCCUUUAAAAAUUACAUAAAGAGAAACUGGAAAGUUCAUGAAGAUUCCACUGACAAAAUUCAUCCCGAGGACCGAACAACAGUGAAAAACUUGAUAGUUGCAUUGAUGCUACGAAGUCCAGAACAGAUUCAGAGACAGAUGAGUGAUGCUGUUAGUAUUAUUGGAAGAGAAGAUUUUCCAGAACGUUGGCCGAAUCUUCUGCAAGAAAUGAUCAACCAUUUUAAAAGUGGAGAGUUUCAUAUCAUUAACGGAGUCCUGCAGACAGCUCACUCACUCUUCAAGAGAUACCGAUAUGAAUUCAAAUCCCAAGAUUUAUGGACAGAAAUUAAGUACGUGUUGGACAACUUUGCCAAACCUCUCACUGAGCUUUUCGUUGCAACUAUGGAACUAGCGAACAAGUAUUCAGACAACCCUGAAGCUUUGAAAGUGAUCUUCAGCUCUCUUGUACUGAUUGCCAAGAUUUUUUACAGCCUCAAUUAUCAGGAUUUGCCAGAGUUUUUUGAAGAUAAUUUAGACACUUGGAUGACACAUUUCAAAACUCUAUUAACUGUUGACAACAAACUUUUGAAGACAGACGAAGAUGAAGAAGCUGGUCUUUUGGAACAACUGAAGUCUCAAAUAUGUGAAAAUGUUGCCCUGUAUGUACAAAAAUAUGGAGAGGAAUUUACUAAGCAUGUUCCUGACUUUGUACGAGCUGUAUGGCAUCUCCUAACUUCUACUGGUCAGCAAGUCAAAUAUGAUUUGCUAGUAAGCAAUGCCAUUCAUUUUCUGUCAGCUGUAGCUGAUCGCCCACAGAAUAAAGAGCUGUUUGAAGAUCCUACUAUCCUUAGUUCUAUAUGUGAAAAUGUCAUUGUACCAAACAUGGAGUUUCGAACUUCAGAUGAAGAACUGUUUGAAGAUAAUCCUGAUGAAUACAUCAGGAGGGAUAUCGAAGGUUCAGAUGUUGACACAAGGCGAAGAGCAGCUUGUGAGUUAGUGAAAGAAUUAGCCAGAUUUUUUGAAGCUCAGAUAACACAAGUAUUUUCUCAGUACAUCACAGCAAUGCUACAGACUUAUGCAAAAGAUCCUUCUAGCCAUUGGAAGAAUAAAGAUGCAGCAAUUUAUCUAGUCACAUCCAUGGCUGCUAAAGGACAAACAGUAAAACAUGGCAUUACUCAAACCAGUGAACUUGUAAACAUUUCUGACUUUUUUCGGGAAUAUAUCAGUCCAGACUUAGAAAGUCCAAAUGUGAACGAAUUCCCAGUUCUCAAAGCUGAUGCAAUAAAGUAUGUCAUGAUAUUCAGGAGUCAGCUUCCACGAGAAGUAGUUCUUGCAUGUGUGCCUCGUCUAGUAAUGUUACUCACUUCUUCCAGUCAUGUAGUUCACACUUAUGCGGCCCAUGCCUUAGAACGCAUUUUCACUCUUCGUGACAGAUCUGGAAAACCUAGUAUAACACCUACAGACAUUCAAGGUAGUGCUGAAAUGCUUCUAAAAAAUCUCUUCAGUGUUAUAGACAUGCCUGGCUCAGAAGAAAAUGAAUAUGUUAUGAAAGCUAUUAUGAGAACAUUUUCCUUGCUUCAAGAGGCUGUUGUCCCAUAUCUAUCAACACUUCUUCCCAAGCUGACAACAAAGCUAUUACAAGUUAGCAAGAACCCAAGCAAGCCACAUUUUAACCACUAUUUAUUUGAGACUUUAAGUUUGUCCAUUCGAAUUGUUUGCAAAUCCACUACUAGGGCUGUUUCCACGUUUGAGGAAGCCCUUUUCCCAGUUUUUCAGGAAAUUUUGCAGCAGGAUGUUCAAGAGUUUAUUCCUUAUGUUUUUCAAAUUCUGUCUGUACUGCUGGAGUUCCACAACACAUCAGUCCCAGAAACAUAUAUGUCACUUUUCCCAUGUCUCCUUUCUCCUGUAUUGUGGGAGCGACCUGGAAACAUUCAUCCAUUAGUUAGACUUAUACAAGCUUACAUUGAAAAGGGAGCUCAGCAGGUGGUAUCCACAAACAAACUGUCUGGAUUACUAGGUGUCUUUCAAAAAUUGAUUGCAUCGAAGUCAAAUGACCAUGAAGGUUUCUACAUUAUGCAAAGUUUGAUCCAGUAUUUGAAUCCAGAAGCUCUGGAACAGUAUAUAAAACAGGUGUUUAUUCUGCUUUUCCAAAGGUUACAGAAUUCUAAAACAACAAAAUAUAUCAAAGGACUUCUAGUGUUUUUUUCCAUGUUUGCUUACAAGUAUGGAGGGAGUGUGCUGAUCAACACAGUUGAUGGCAUUCAGCCUAAGAUGUUUGGUAUGGUUCUGGAACGACUCUAUAUCCCAGAAGUUCAGAAGGUUUCGGGUAAUACAGAAAGAAAAAUUUGUGCUGUAGGCAUCAUAAAAAUUCUUACCAACACACCUGAGCUACUUGGAGAUUAUUCCAUGUUCUGGGCUCCUCUUCUUCAGGCUUUGAUUGGUCUGUUUGAAUUGCCAGAAGAUGAUACUAUUCCUGAUGAUGAGCAUUUCAUUGAAAUAGAUGAAACCCCUGGGUAUCAAACAGCUUACUCACAUCUAGUAUUUGCUGGUAGUCGGGAACAGGAUCCUUUCAAUGGCACAAUACCAGAUGCUCGUGUAACUCUUGCACAGAAUCUACACAAGCUCUCAGUCAGCCAGCCUGGAAAGUUGACACCUCUCAUAUCAUCAGGCCUUGCUCCUGAUGCAGCUGCUCAUCUCUACAAAUACCUGCAAGCUGCUAAUGUCCAACUGGCCUAAAGAGCUCAUCUGUUUCCAGACCUUGUGUUGUUCCUUCGCAUCAUUACAUGUUAAUGAAAUGCAGAAAUAUCAAGAAGACACAAAAGCAUAUAACACAGAUUGAAGAAACACCUCAGGAAUCAGGAUAUAAAAUAAACCAGCAUCAAAAGCUUUUUAGAUAAAUAAUACAAAAUAAAGUAAUCCUUAAAAAUGAACAAAACAAUAAAGUAGUUGUUGUUUUUUUAAUUUAAGUCAUCUGUAUCACUCUUAGAUAAGUCCAAUGUAAUAAAAAGGUUUUUUGAAAUAGGUUAAAGAUCAAAACAUUUUGAUUAACAGUGUUUAAAAAGAAACGUGAUACCUUAUUUAAUAUGUUCAAAGCCUAGAAAAUGGACUUUUUGUUGCAAAGACACUUAUUUUUCUCAUGUUUUAACAAGAGUAAGUUGUACAUAAAUUGCUUCAAAAUCUAGCUUUAAGAUUCCAUGUUAGUCUUCUUUUCAAUAAAACACCUUUUUAUUAAAUAUUCUGCUGUAUUUUUGUUAUUGUAAAAAAAAAUAACUAAAAUAUUAAACUAAAAUUAAAUGUUUACAGAUUUUUUUGUAGUUACGAAAGUGUAUUUUAAUAAAAUAUCUAAACUGUAACUAUGCAGUUAAAGUUCAUUGUUAGAGACCCUGAGCACUAAUGUUAGAAGUUUAUGUAAUCGUUUUUGAAAAUUGUGAGAUUAAGAAAGUUCUUGGUGCCAUUCGUAUUAUAACUAGUUAAAAAUUAAUUAGGUGCGUUUAUGAGUUUUUACAUUUCUAAAAACAAAAUUGCCUUGCUCACAAUAUAGAAGAACUAAUUACCAGAAUGCAUACAGUUUGUUCUUCAAGCCAAUACAAGAUGGAGAAUUUUCACCUUAACUAUGUUGAAAUGCUUACAUAUUUUUUAUCCAAGUUCCAACAAGGGUGUAUUAUUGUACUUCAUGAUACCAAGCUAUUAGGAAAUAUACAAAGUUUACUUAUGCUUCAGAA